AUGGAAGUGAGUUUAAUUUAUUUGGCAUUGGUGAUAGCCAUCGUCGUCUACAUUUCUCGCUUGAUUACGAGGAACAAUGACUACUUCCACGACAAACCGAUCCCAUCUUUACGAAAUCGCGCUCUGCUGGGAACUACCGCUCCGCUGCUCCUAAAGAAAGUAACGUUUGCCGAUUUCACCAUUCGCAUCUACAACAAGUUCCCGGGAGUCAAAGUUUUCGGAAUGUUCGACGCCAUGACACCGUUCUUCGUGAUUCGCGAUCCGGAGCUAAUCAAACAGCUCGCCAUCAAAGAUUUUGAUUACUUCUGCGAUCGGAUGCCGUUCCUGGGGGAGCCGGAGGACACGGACGAGCAUCCGUACGCGCUUUUGAAGCGAAUGCUGGUCACAUUGAAGGGUUACCGGUGGAGGAAUAUGCGUGCGACGUUGAGCCCGGCGUUCACCGGCCGAAAGAUGCGACUGAUGUUCGCUCUGAUGGUGGACUGCAGCGAGCAGAUGAUGACGCACUUCGAAGGGCUUAUGGGUGAGUCCGGUCGGAUGCAGAUCGAAGCAAAGGAUAUGCUGAGCCGAUUUACGAUGAACGUGAUUGCGUCGUGUGCGUUCGGGAUCGGUGUAAACUGCUUCGAGGAAGAGGAACAUGAAUUUAUGUAUCAUGGAAGGAGGAUGUUGGACUUCGAGAGCCCGGAGGUGAUUGCGAAAGGGUUGUUCUUGCGUAUUUUCCCGAUGACGGCUAAAAAGUGGGGAGUUGAUGUGAUGAAACGGGAACAGGCGAAGUAUUUUACCAAACUUAUCAAGGAUACGGUUCGUGAUCGGCAGAGUCGAGGGAUCGUUCGUCACGAUAUGAUUGAUUUGCUGUUGGAGGCACGGAAAGGGAUACUGAAAUACGAGGAAGAUCAUGACGAUGCUAAUGAAGGAUUCGCUACUGUUCUGGAGUCAGAUGUGGGCAAAACGCAAGUGAAAAGAUCCAUAUCAGAAAUAGAUAUGAUCGCUCAAUGUUUAAUAUUUUUCCUGGCAGGAUUUGACCCCAUAGCAACCUUCUGCAUAUUCAUAAUCUACGAGUUGAUAUUGAAUCCGGAAAUUCAACAAAGAUUGUAUGAAGAAGUUCGGCAGAUUAACAACCAGAUGAAAGGAAAGCCAUUGACUUACGAUGCUCUUCAGGGAAUGAAGUACAUGGACAUGGUCGUUUCGGAAACAUUGAGAAAGUGGCCACUGUCUCCAUCAGCAGAUCGGUUGUGCGUACGGGACUACACUUUGGACGAUGGACAGGGUUUAAAGUUUACGAUCGAUAAAGGAACAUGUGUAUCGUUUCCGAUUCAUGGCCUCCAUCACGAUCCUCAGUACUUUCCGAAUCCCGGUCAGUUCGAUCCGGAAAGGUUCAGCGAUGAAAACAGGGGGAAAAUCCGAAUGGGAACAUAUCUUCCCUUCGGAAUAGGACCAAGGAAUUGCAUUGGUUCAAGAUUUGCAUUGAUGGAACUGAAAGCGAUGGUUUUCCAUAUGCUUCUAAAGGUUUCAUUCCACCGAACUGACAAAACACAGAUUCCGAUGCAACUGCGCAAGGGUAUGAAUAACUUUGGACCGGAAGGCGGGAUGCACAUCGAACUGAGGCUUAGAGAACGAUAAGUAUCAGAUUAUUAAUUGGAUGGAACAUCCCUCCCCUCAUGCCUUGAUAUGGAUUUGACUCCGAUAUGGAUUUCUUCUGGAUGAGCUGUUCGAUUUAUUAUAAUAAAUUGUA